UUAGAGAGAGAGAGAGGCGUAUAGGAGAUCAUCUCAGAGAGAGAAUGCUGCCGCGAGCCGCCGUGGUUUACCGGACAGGCGCCGCCGCCGCCGCCGCAUUCUUAUUCUUCUUCAUCGUGAUUGCUGAAUCCGCAACGAAUUCACAGGUCGAAUGCAGCAGAACCUGUGCGGCGGUGAACUGUAAUUCAAUUGGGAUUAGGUAUGGGAAGUACUGCGGAGUGGGGUGGACCGGAUGUGCGGGGGAGAAACCUUGUGAUGAUCUCGAUGCUUGUUGCAAGAUCCACGACGACUGUGUCGAAAAAAACGGAAUGACAAACAUUAAAUGCCAUGAGAAGUUCAAAAGAUGCAUAAAGAAGGUACACAAAUCGGGGAAGAAGGGUUUUUCUGAAAGCUGUCCGUAUGAUACAGCUGUGCCGACAAUGGUACAGGGAAUGGAUAUGGCUAUUUUGUUUAGUCAGUUUGGCGGCAUCAAGGAUGAAUUUUAAUACCUCUUAACACACACACACACACACACACACACACACACACACACACACACACACAUUGGUUCCAACGUUUCUGCAUUCUUUAUGGGUAACUACCAUUCUUGAGUGUUGGAGAAGAUCAAUUUUGCUCCAAUCUCUUAUUCUUGGCCUCCUUAUUUAGUGCGAGGCUUCAAACUUUAUAUCAUUAUAGACACGUUUUCGUCUGAGAAGAGACGAUUUUUUUUUUUU